AUGGCCACAAGGAUUAAAAGUGCAAGCUCAACAGGAUCUAAGAUUAGAAUCCACUAUCAUAGUGCCAUCGGUACACAUAGGCUGAAACCACGCCCACUCAAAAACAUACUAUACCCAUAUUACAGGAAUUAUAAACCGGUUUAUAGAGCCAGGAAUCCUAGAACUCCCCUAUACUAUUGGCCUGAAAUUGAUAAAUACCCCUGGCACUCACAUCAGAAAAGAUAUGUAAAUCUCGAGGAUAUUACAAUUACCCUUUUUUCUGAGUUCCUUAGGAGAAACAAGUCACUAAUUACACUCUAUGAACUUUUACACACACUACCAUUAAACGGAGUUGGAUGCCUCUGUUGGAAGCCCGAAAAGUAUAAACGUAAUACUGAAACAAACGAAAAUAAAGAUUCAAACGGGAAAAUUAUUUUUAAAAUUGAUGAAUUUGACUAUGUCAUCAACACACCCUCCAAGAAUAAUCAAUAUUUUUUAAUCAAAAAUGUUAAAUAUACAACUAGACCAUUUAGAGCUAAAGUUUUAGCCGAUUUAUACCUGGGAGAUAAACUGAUUAAGAAGGAUGUAAGUCCAAUUGGAUCAGUUAGAGGUGUUUGGGAAUACUCAUUCCCGUAUUCACUGGAAUCUAAUAAGUCAAGAUCUGUGGAUGAAGAUAAAAUACUGGAAGAUUUGGAAUCCAAGGUGACUAAUUUAAGGAUAUAUAGACCAAACAAUAUCCUUAAGUAUAAAGAAUUGAUUUCUUAA